GAACAAGGUCAUAGAUAGUACAAUUGUAAUUGUUAAUUGAUUAUUUGGUUCUAAAUUCUAAUAACUAAUUCUUACGACUUACACUAAAAUCUAAAUUCACUACAUUGCUUUUACUCUGAAUUCUGAUAAGAUUAUUUUUAUACCAAUAGUAAAUAUGAGAUACUAUAAAUUUCUGUAGUAGGAAUAAUUCUUUAAUAUGUUACUAUUUUCAUAAUUAUGAUAUAUACUGCACAUUCAUUUAAUCACUGCAGCAGCAGCAAUACUGGGUUUUAACACAAAGUAAGAAUGUUAUCAAAUCAGCUGAUGCAUUAACUGAAAGGAUGUCUGACAACGAGAUAGAGAGCAGUGUUGUAACAUGUGAGCCUGAAGAGGGUGAGCUGACCAAUAUGUUUGCAAGUGUAUGGGUCAAAGUAGAAGUGCAGGCUGACGCUAAUGUAGACACCCAUUCUUCAAAACCCAGGAAAAGUAAAAAGAAGAAGGGUAAAGAAGUACUUGCAUGUCAACAUUGUGACUACACAACUAAAUAUAAGAACUGUCUCAGAUACCACAUCCAUGGUCAUGAUAACAAGUUACUUACAUGUGAGCAUUGCUCUUAUACUACUAAAUAUCCAAAUUCCCUCAAUCGUCAUUGUAAACUCCAACAUGACCUCUCCCCAGAAGAAACCAAAGACAAUACCUACAAAUGUGAAUAUGAGAACUGUGAGUAUGUAACUUACUAUCGUUGGAACUUGAAUGUCCAUCAGCGAAAACAUAAACUUGAAAAGCAUCACAAAUGUCCAAAAUGUGACUAUCGUACAGCCUAUAGACAUAAUCUAUUAAAACAUAGUAAAAGCCAUAAUGAAGGAGUGUUCUUUAAAUGUGAUAAAUGUCCAUUUGUCACCAAAUAUGAAGGACACAUCUCUAGACACCUUGCAAAAAUACACAAUGAAGUAUCAGAGGGUGCAAAUCGGUGUGAUAUGUGUGAUUUCUCAACAAAGAUCCGUUGGAGACUAAACACACACAAACAGCGUAGCCGGCAGAGCAAUAACUUGAAGUGUGAGCAUUGUGAAUUUACAACCUUUUAUAUGUGUGAGCAUAAAAAGCACAAAGAGUUACAUUUUGGAGCUAUUUAUGUCAACAAGAAUACGGAAUCAAGUGUGUCUCAACCUCAACCUAGCUUGCCACCAGACAUCACUAAAGUUGAACCAGAAUCUCAACGGGACCAAUAUGUGAUAGACCCUAACUGUCUCGAUUGGAACAGCAUUCAAGUAUUGGAGUCUGAAGACAAAGAGAGACCAUUCAUGUGCUUAAUGUGCUCGUAUACCUCUAAAUUUAAAGCAGCUGUUCAAAGACACUUUCAGAGACAUCACACUGGCACUAAGAACCGACCAUACAAAUGUUGCAACUGUGACUUUUCAACAAAAACCAAAGAUCAAAUCGCUCUUCACAACAAACGUAGCAAAUCUGAUAAACUAUUGCAUUGCCCUAUUUGCAGUUUUACAACUAUGUUCAAGUGCCACCUAGCAAUGCAUCAAAAAACCCACUACACUUUUAAAUGUACUAUGUGUUCAUAUUCCUGCCGUCAGAAAUAUGAUUUACAAAAGCACUAUGCGGUUACACACAUGGGAAAGGGUUUGAAAUGUCAUUUUUGUGAUUAUGUCGCAGCCAGGAAAGAGAGUCUUCUCUGUCAUGAGGCAAUUCACACGGGAAAUAAGCCUUUUAAGUGCACCCUUUGCAACUACAGCUCAGUGAGACGAUCUCUUCUGGAUGUCCACACGAGAAGAUUUCAUUGUGAUCAACGACCUGAUGUCACCAUAGUCAGCGAUGACAAAAUUGAGUCCCUCAAAGUACCGCUGCCCGAGUUAUUAAACCAGUUGAAGGAAAUAGAGUCAUUUCAAUAUCCACAGUGAUUAGAUAAGUUUCUUAGGACAUUUUUACACUAUACAUGAUAUAGCUAUAGCCGUGUAUAUGAAAUAGAUUUUUAUGUUAGUGAUACUAUAUGAUUUUAAUAAUACACUUUGUUGGAAAUAAAAUCGAGAUAAGCAGUGUAAUAGCUUGUUCGCAGAUAACUGUCAAAUUUUGUCACUUGCAAUAAUAUAAGAUUAUUACAGAUGUUCAGAUAUUAGACAAAUUUAAUUUUUUACAAUACAUUUAAGUAAUAAAAUAACUAUUGUAGGUAUAAGAUACACUUGAACUUACAUAAAAUGUAAAUAAAGGUCUUACU